AUGUAUGGGGUUCCUGAGUCAACACUGAGGGAUAGGACCAGGGGGAAUGUAGCGCUGGACUGCACCAUGGGGCCAGCCAGACUCUUCAACCUUGAAGAAGAAAAGCGACUGGCAGACCAUAGUAUCCAUAUGGAUACUAUUGGUUAUGGAUACCCAGUAACUGAAGUCCUCGGUGUAGCAGCGGGAUAUGCCAAGUCGCUGGGUAAGACCAUUGCUAAAGAUCAACUGAGCAAACCAUGGUUGUACUCCUUCUUGAAAAGACACGAGGAGCUGAAAGUUGUAACCCCACAGAAACUAACCUCUUCAAGGGCUAAAUGUUCAUCUGAACAGACAAUGUCCAAGUACUUUGCAGAACUACAUUCUGUUCUCCAACAAAAUGACCUUUUGGAAGCCCCUGAGAGAAUCUACAACACUGAUGAAACAGGCUUCUCUACGGAACACACUCCCCAAAUGGUUGUAUGCGGAAGUGAUUGCAAGCCACAGGCCAUCACAUCGCCAAAGACCAGGACUGUGACAAUUGUUAUCCCACCAUUAUAUGUGUUCCCAGGGAAGCGAUGUGUGGAUCAUCUAUUAGAGGGCGCACUCCCAGGUUCAUCUGGAGGAAUGUCAGACAGUGGCUUUGUCAACAGGGGCCUGUUUGAGACCUAUCUCAUGGGUCAUUUCGCAAAGCAUGCCAGAUUAGACGGAGCCUCGCAUAAACCAGUUCUGGUGCUUAAUGAUGGUAACAAGGUCCACUUAUCCUUGACCCUUGCUGACUGGGCAAAAGACCACAAUGUGGUUCUAUUUGUGUUGCCACACCACACUAGCCAUCUAAGUCAGCCCCUUGAUGUUGGGAUAUUUGGUCAACUGAAGAAACUAUACAACAGAGAAUGCCAGUCCUACAUCCACAGCAACCCUGGGAUAUCUAUCACUAGAUAUGAGAUUGCCAGAUUAACAGCAAAACCAUACACCAGAGCCUUCACACCAGAAAACAUAACCUUUGCAUUGAAAAAGGCACGCAUAUUUCCAUUUAAUGACUUAGUGAUCAUCAACAUACAAACUGCCCCCUCAACAAUCUACCCCAUCAAUGAUGUUAGUACCAACCAAAGUGACACUGAACCAACAAUAACAGUAAUCAUAGAACAGUCAACUGUCAAUAAUAACAACAAUAUCAGUACAGAGAUUGAGUACCUGAAAAGUGGGCGGAUAACAACCGUGACACAGAGGUCUCGAAAAAAUAUAUAUUCCACCGCCAACAGUCACAGGGAACUUGCUCUCUGA